CGCAACGCUUGGAUAACGUUUGCUUUGGCGCCACAAAAUACUGCAGUGAGUGAGGAGGAUCUCAGCUUCAAGUUGUCGGCAGUUAUCACGGUUGUUGGCUUCAAUAUGAUUUGGCAGUAACAUCUUGGAUCCUAUGAGCUCUCACCUUCACAGACAAGUCUGUCAAUCCACCUAAGGUCUGACUUAAACGAUUCAGUCCCUCUCUCUGCAUACGAGGUAGAAGGCUCGCUUCUGUUGACACCCAAGAGAUUCAUACAAAUAAAACAAGCCAGUGCAUAAUGGCAGCUUUAUCUCCACAAGCCAUGAUCCUUCGUGUUGUUGAGCCAGACCGGGCUAGAAAAUUAAAACUUAGUUCACGACCAGCCUCUGUUGAUGCACUGAUUGCUGUUAUAAAAGAACAGCUGGAAAUAGACCUUGACUUCAGUUUAAAAUAUGAAGACCCUGACUUUGAUGGAAAACUUACUUCCCUCUCUGACAUUGAUGAGUUGCCACAGAAAGCUGUUGUGCAUGUGUCAUUUGAGCAAGAUUCCAGCUCUGUUGCAUCAACAGAAACAAUGUCAAGUGUAUCAUCCUCAGAACGUGGGAGAAGAUGGCCUUCACAUAUUUUUCCAAUUCCCACAUUUUCUUUUGACGUUGAACUGAGACUUCGGGAAGGUAAUGCCGAAUUUGAGAAGAACAACAAGCAACUUCAGUUAACUAGAGACAUAAAACAUGACAUUUUAGAAAAGCUAGCAUCUGUGAUGUAUGGCUACAAGGCUUAUCCCAGUGAUAAGGAGAUAGCAAUGGUAGCUGAGGCUCUUGUGGUAAAACAUCCUUGCUUGAAAGAAGCAGGAUCUCAGACUGGCUGGAAUGGGUGGAAAAAUAGCCUCAAAUUUAAGAUGGGGAACUAUAGGAGCAAGAUGAGAAGGGCUGGAUGUCCAGAGAUCACUGUAAAUGCUGGAAAAAGGAGUGCAAUGAAUCCUGACAAUGAAUCUUCACAUUCAAAUAUUAAAAGACCCAAACGAGCAGAAGUAAACUUUUUGCCCAACUUUCCCCAAGGAGAAAAUCCCUCAACUCUUGAACAGUUGAGACAGAAAAUUGUUGAUGAAAUGAAGAAAGCUGAGAAGAACUUACCACUUAUAAAAAAGAUGAUGCAAACCACCUUUGCUCUGCGGCGACAGACCAUAGUGAAGACAUGCCCACCAGUAAAAGAGCUCAUGGAACUCUGGCCUGCACUCAAAAUGGAAUCUGAGGUGUAUGCAGAGUUCCAACGGAUUACAAACGAGAACCUGCCCAACACAUUCUACUCUGAGCUUGACCGACAUCUUCCUAGACUGAUGACCCUGUUCAGACAGAAAGCAUCCAGAACCGGGAAGACAUCAGAUACUUUAACUGAAAUCCUAAGAAUCCAUGAUGACCAGGAGUUUCAUGACAUACACACCAAACGUGUCACUGUUCUUCAUGCGCUUCCUGUGUAUCUACGUGAGGACGUCUCUGGGUUUUUAAGGACCUGCAUGGACACAUCUGAUGAGCCAGAGCUUUUAGAUGUUGCAGUGGCCCUCCUCACAGUCAUCAAAGAUAAUGACACAAGUCCAGUUCACUUCCAGCCUGUGAAAAUCUCUGUUGUCAUCGAAAGUGAGAUUGUGGGCAGCCUCUCCAGAUUUGCUGAUGCCUUCCUGGUAAUGUUUGGACUAAUCUAUGCACUACACCUCAACUAUCCCAGGGGACUGACCAACACUUUUGAAUUCAUUCAAAAGAUUUUGCUUGGUCUUGAUGAGGGUAAACUGUCACCCAAGUUACAGAGUCUCAAAAAUGACUUGAUGUGUAUGUAGAAAUGUAUUGGAAAAAAUACUAAGGCCUGGCAGUUCCUCAGUAGUUCAAUGUAAAAACAAUUUGUGAAAAUAAUGGUUGAAAGGUUUUUGCACUUUUUUCCCCCAAAAUGUGCACAGUGUGCAUUUAUUAAUGUGCAGUUUUCAUUUCUAAAUGUUAUUUGUGAUUUUAAAACAGCUCUUGUUCUUUACAAUUGUUAAGUACAGCUGGGUAGUACUUGGUAACAAUGCAUGUAAUUUAGUUUUAAAUGGUUCAUGUUUUUGUAAAAGUUCAUGCAGGUUUGUGAAUUUGUAAUGUCAGAGAUGUGGUCUUAAUCAGUUUUUCAGGUUUUAUCAUAGUGCACCUUUUUUCUGUCUUUUAAAUGAAGUGUUAAAUAGGAAAGGACAAGAACUCAGCACACUGUAAUUUUAAACUGUUUAAGUUUGUUGAACUUAAAAUAUUUGAGGCAACGAGUUACAUCAAAAAAAUUAGUUUUGAUUCAUAUGAUUUUGAGUCUUGUGUUUUAAAAGGUUUGAGUAACUUGUACUUAAAACACAAAGACAAAGAUACUAAUAAAUAAUGAGUUCAUUCAACUUAAAAGUGGCUCUUUGUGAAAUUUUUUUUUUAAGUGUUUUUAACUAAAUGUCUUGAGUAUGUGAAAGCUAAAUUUUAAGUCACUGUAACUAAAACUAUUUCAGUUAAUUUCAUAACAUGUUUUAAUUUAACUGAAAUUAAAAGGUUUAUGUAGUAUGUAAUAUAGAUAUUUAAUUUUUUUUUAAAUUAAAUUUUUAAGUUCAUUAACUUAAAAAAUUUGAGG